AGUUCAAAUGCUGCUUUUGUGACUUGGGCGUUUACCUUUACUCCUCUGUGCCCCCGGUUUCCUUCCCCUUACACAGGAUGGUGACCACACUGACACCUGCUUCCUAGGGUCCCUGUGAGGACAGGGUGAGCAACUGUGUGCCAGUAGUGUUUAUAGCACACUCUACUCCACAGAGAGGAUACUACGCAGUUUCCUACAUAAAUAUCUAAAAGGGUCUCACUAUGUAUCCCAGGCUGGCCUGAACUCACAGUGAUCUUCCUGCCUCAGUCUCCCGAGUGCUGGGAUUACAGGUGUGUAAUUAUAGCUGGGUAAGAAAGUAAGAUGCAGAAAAUAUCACCUGCAUUGACUUGAUAGCUGUGUAGGUGAGUCUGUGAUUUCAUGAGCGUAGAAAAUGACAGGACACCAGAGAUUUAGCUCAGUGGUUUUGCCGACUGCUGUGCAAGCCCAAGGACCCAAGUUCGAACCCCAGACCAAAAAAAAAAAGAAAGAAAAUGACAGGACACAUACUCAGAUUAGCCAUGAAGGAAGAGUGUGUGUGUGUGUGUGUGUGUGUGUGUGUGUGUGUGUGUGUGUUGGGAGCUGCCGAGUGAGCAAAAGAAAGAUGUUCAAAGCUUCUUAUAAUCAUGUUAAUGCAGCUUUGACAUGAUGCAAACGUGUGUACAGAAAGUUACAACAGUUAAAAAGUGGAAACCAAGAGAAGAAAGUAUCUCUCCCUCGCUAUGGGAGCCAGGGCGGGGCAGCGACCAGUGUGUAAAUAGUAGAAUCCAGCUAGGGACAGAAUCGUCUGCUCCCCACACAUCAGUUGUUUAUUUAGGAAUCAAACAAUCUCUUUAAAAUUUUUCUUGGGAUUUAUUUAUUUAUGAGACAGGAGCUGGCCGGCCUGGAAUUCAAAAGUCUCCCGCCUCAGCCUCCCUAGUGCUGCGAUCACACGCCAUACCACCACGCCCAGGCUUUCAAACAAUCUGAUAAUGCCCAGUGCAGGGAAGAGGGAGGUAUUGCAAUCCCAUUAGUCAUUUGGCAGAUUGAUUGCCCGUUAUCUGAGGGGUUUUCCCUAGCAGGUUUACAAUACCUCUUCCCUACUUGGGGCCUCCACUGUUAAAAAGAUUUCUCCAGGCUCCCUUUUCACGCUAGCACAAAUGGGGGUCCUCUUCAUCCAUCGGUAGAAAAGACGGUAGGAAAGAUUACUGUCCCGGUUCCCAGCUGACCCUCAGAUCCAUUCUCCACACAGCAGCAGCCCCAGGGAGCUUCCAAAGUGCCAAUCUGGUCAUGGCUUUCCUCCAAAAAGCCAAGUUAAUGUCAGUCACAUUUUCUCCAAAUUCCUUCCCGGGUCACCGGGCCUGCUGGAUCAGCAUCCUGGCAGUAGGGGGCAGCCACGUGGAACCAGCUCCCGGAGUGCCCACUUCUCUCUGCAAUCACUGUUUUCCUCUCACAGUUCCCUCCCUUUGCUUGGAAGCCUCUGGUCGCACCCUACGGGUCUCAGCUGUGAUGUCGCGACCUCUUUAUGUCAGCUGUGCCCUUCUAUCCUGGCUCAGGGCUGGUUCAGGCCUAGACCAGGGGCUGAGGGAUGCUGACUAUGCCUGGCUAGUUUUGGGCCGAAGGGUCUAGGGAGGAUGGCGACGAAAAGAGCGCGUAUCCCUUUAAAAGGAGAGAGGAGUCUCUGGAGAGCGGCCCGCACAAGCACGGCGGUACAGCAGGGCAGCCCAGCCACCUGCCCCUCACAAAGAUGGCCCCCACGAAGGCGCAGGCUCUUAUUGGAUGCAGUGCGCACACUCAACACCCUGCAGACCAAUGCUAGUUACCUGGAGCAGGUGAAGCGCCAGCGGGGUGACCCCCAGAAGCAGCUGGAAGCCAUGGAGCUGUUCCUGGCACGGAGCGGGCUUCAGGUGGAGGACUUGGACCGGCUGAACAUCAUUCAUGUCACUGGGACCAAGGGGAAGGGUUCUACCUGUGCCUUCACAGAGUGCAUCCUCCGGAAUUACGGCCUGAAGACCGGAUUCUUUAGCUCUCCCCACCUGGUGCAGGUGCGUGAGCGGAUCCGCAUCAAUGGGCAGCCCAUCAGGCCUGAGCUCUUCACCAAGCACUUCUGGCGCCUCUACCGUCGGCUGGAGGAGACCAAGGAUGGCAGCUGUGUGUCCAUGCCCGCCUACUUCCGCUUCCUCACGCUCAUGGCCUUCCACGUCUUCCUCCAAGAGAAGGUGGACCUGGCGGUGGUGGAAGUUGGCAUAGGCGGGGCUUACGACUGCACCAACAUUAUCAGGAAGCCUGUAGUGUGCGGAGUGUCCUCUCUUGGCAUCGACCACACCAGCCUUCUGGGGGACACGGUGGAGAAGAUUGCAUGGCAGAAGGGAGGCAUCUUUAAGCCUGGCGUUCCUGCCUUUACGGUGCUGCAGCCGGAAGGUCCCCUGGCAGUGCUGAGGGAGCGUGCCCAGCAGAUUUCAUGCCCUCUUUACCUGUGCCCACCACUGGAAGCCCUGGAGGAAGGGGGACCAACGCUGACCCUGGGCCUGGAGGGCGAGCACCAGAGGUCCAAUGCGGCCUUGGCUUUACAGCUGGCCCACUGCUGGCUGCAGCAGCAGGGGCACCAGGACCUCGGGGAGCUGAAGAUGUCCAGGCCGAGCGUCCCCUGCCAGCUGCCCCUGGCCCCGGUGUUCCAGCCCACGUCCCACAUGCGGCAUGGGCUUCAGGACACGGAGUGGCCGGGCCGGACACAGGUGCUGCAGCACGGGCCCCUCACCUGGUACCUGGACGGUGCUCACACCACCAGCAGCAUGCAGGCCUGUGUGCGCUGGUUCCGCCAGGUGCUGCAGUGCAACCAGAGGCCCCCCAGUGGGCCUGAAGUGCGGGUCUUGCUCUUCAACUCCACUGGGGACAGGGACUCCUCAGCCCUGCUGAAGCUGCUACAGCCCUGCCAGUUUGACUAUGCUGUCUUCUGCCCCAACCUCACGGAGGUGUCAUCCACAGGCAAUGCAGACCAGCAGAACUUCACAGUGACGCUGGACCAGAUGCUGAUCCGCUGCCUGGACCACCAGCGGCACUGGAGCCACCUGGACAAGGAGCAGGACGGCCCCGACCUCUGGGGCCCCCCACAGCCCAGCAGGCCUGCGCCCUUGUUGCUGGCACCUCACCCACCCCACCCCUGCAUUGCCAGCUCCCUGGUCUUCAGCUGCGUCUCCCAUGCCUUGCAGUGGAUCAGCCAAGGCCGAGACCCUGUCUUCCAGCCACCCCAUCCCCCAAAGAGCCUCCUCUCCCACCCCACAGCAACCAGCGGGGCCAGCGUCCUCCAGGAGGCUGCUGCCAUCCACGUGCUGGUCACCGGCAGCCUGCACCUGGUGGGCAGUGUCCUCAAGCUACUAGAGCCCUCCCUGUCCCAGUAGCCAUGGCCACAGGCGGGGUGGGAGGUGGGAGCCUCCCGCACCCACCCUCCCUUCUUGCCACGGACUUGUGCCAGGUGCCUUUCAGGUUCUGCUUUCCCACAUCUGCCAGGCUUGGGCAUGGACUGGGGCUGGGAGAGGACACCAUUGUCUGAGCUCUGUGCCUUGGCCUCUCUUCCUCCCAGCCCAGCCCGCUUCACCCCUGCCACCUCAUCACCACCUGGCUUGGGCCCAGCUUGUCGUGUGAGCGGCCUGGCCAGGCUCUGGGUCCUGCUGUGUGUUGAGUGAUGGAUUUCCUCCUCCCAGCGCCUUCUGGGAAAGGAGAGGGCCCCUGCCUGGGACACCCUGGGGACAGCAAAGCUGGAGUAAAUUAAAGGCUUUUAAUUUUAUUUUUAAAGAAA